UAUAAAUGUCCAGUGCUGGAGCUCCAGCAGAAGACAAGCAGGAUCUGUCCUCUCCUGUGAUCAGACCAGCAGAGUCUGCAGAUGACACAGCACCCAGUGCCUGGCAGAACCCUGCACACCCUACGCACUGAGCCUACUACAGCCUGACAGCACCCACUGCAAACUGCAUCCAGGACCUGACGGCACCCACUGCAAACUGCACCUAGGACCUGGCGGCACCCACUGCAAACUGUAUACGGGACGUGUCGGCACCCACUGCAAACUGCACAUAGGACCUGACAGCACCCACUGCAAACUGCACCUAGAACCUGGCGGCACCCACUGCAAACUGUAUACGGGACGUGUCGGCACCCACUGCAAACUGUACCUAGGACCUGACAGCACCCACUGCAAACUGCACCUAGAACCUGGCGGCACCCACUGCAAACUGUAUACAGGACGUGUAGGCACCCACUGCAAACUGCACCCAGGACCUGGCAGCACCCACUGCAAACUGUACCCAAGAACUGGCAGCAGCCAUCGCAAACUGCACCCAGGUUCUAGAAGCACCCAAUGCAAACCGUACCCAAGACCUGACAGCACCAGGCAAGCCCAGGGCGCUAAAUCUUUUAUAGCUUUAUAGUAUAUGUAUAUAACCUAUACCCAAGGCUUGGAAACACUCCACUAGCUCCAAGAAUUGACGUUCCUACAGGUUGACAUCGUCUAGGCAACCCUGCUACAGCCUAAAAGACCCUGCACCCAGCUCCCUCUGAGCAGAGCAUCUCCUACAGCUUGCCUGCUGAACCUGCAUCCAGAUCCUCCAGAGAACCCGGGACCUGGUAGCACCCACUUCUUCCUACAGCACCCACCUUAUUCCGGACACAAGAUUCCCCACACUUUGGAUCCUUGAAAGUUUAUGGCUGCAAUGAACUUUGUUCUUAACCCUUGCAGCUCUCUCCACACUGACCAAGGGCAGGACUGCACAGGUGAGGCCAGGUAAGAGGGUGGACUGUGUUACUCAGCAAAUAAAGAAGGGCAGGGGAGCAGCAGGGAGAGCCUUGUAUGACUGGUCUGGGCAUCACAUCUGUAAGGAGUAUUGGCAUCAGGCACCAGGAUCCUGGAGCAGGAGGGCAUGGAGGCUAUAGAGAACCCCUAAGUGGAGCUCCUCACCCUGGCAUGGGUUAAAGUCACACACCCAGAAGUCUGCUGAACCCAGUGAAGAUCAAUUCAAUAUUUCAUGAUUAAUUUUGAGAACUCGGUAGCUGAUAGGGGGGGCAUCUCUGCUAUGGAGUGCCUGGGAGACUGCUCCAACAGCACCAUGCAGAAUGAGACUGAUACAGACAUUGCUGGACCCCCUUACUCCCUCCAGGUCACCCUGGCUCUCAUCUCCCUGGUGGGCAUACUCAUGCUCUUCACUGUGUUUGGCAAUGUCCUGGUUGUCAUUGCUGUGUUCACUAGUAGAGCCCUCAAAGCACCCCAGAACUUGUUCCUGGUGUCCCUGGCAUCAGCUGACAUUCUUGUGGCUACCUUAGUCAUGCCAUUUUCCUUGGCCAACGAGGUGAUGGGCUACUGGUACUUUGGCAAGGUUUGGUGCGAGAUCUACCUUGCAUUAGAUGUCCUCUUCUGUACAUCAUCUAUAGUCCAUCUAUGUGCCAUCAGCCUGGACCGGUACUGGUCCAUCACACAAGCCAUUGAGUACAACCUGAAGAGAACCCCUCGUAGAAUCAAAUGUAUUAUCUUCAUCGUUUGGGUGAUCUCAGCUGUUAUAUCAUUCCCUCCACUCAUUACCAUUGAGAAAGAGAGUGGCAAGAUUGAGGAGCCCAAGUGUAAGAUCAAUGAAGAGAAAUGGUACAUCAUUUCUUCCUGCAUCGGAUCCUUCUUCGCCCCUUGUGUCAUUAUGAUCCUAGUCUACAUCAGGAUCUACCAGAUCGCCAAGAAGAGGACGAGGAUCCCCCCCAGCAAAAGGAACAAUGGUGAACCUGAGAAGAAGCAGAAUGGCUUUUCAGACAAGGACUUGCCUGUCAAGUUGAAUGGGGAGAAUGCUGGAGGCUCUGGAGAUGACCAGCACAGAGAAGCAGAGGCCAAUGGAGUUGACAUGGAGGACUCAUCAUCCUCAGAGCGUGGGGAAGAACACCAGUAUUCCACCAAGAAGAAGCAAGACAGGGCUCUGAGGAGCAAGGGCAAGACCAAGUUGAGCCAGAUCAAACCAGGGGAUAGCCUUCCAAGGAGAGAGGAGGAUAGUAGUGCCAAAUCCUCCCGGUGGAGAGGGAGGCAGAACAGGGAGAAGAGGUUCACCUUUGUCUUGGCUGUGGUCAUUGGGGUCUUUGUCGUGUGCUGGUUCCCCUUUUUCUUCACCUACUCCCUCAUUGCCAUCUGUAGCAAAAGCUGCAAUGUCCCUGACACUCUCUUCAAAUUUUUCUUCUGGUUUGGUUAUUGCAACAGUUCCCUGAACCCUGUCAUCUACACCAUCUUCAACCAUGACUUCAGGAGAGCCUUCAAGAAGAUCCUGUGUAAGGGGGACAGGAAAAGAAUUGUGUGAGACCCCUUGACCCUUCCCCUUCUUUGCAGUCUUUUUGUAUGGAUACCUAUGGUGGGUGGGGGACUUUACCAAACAGACUUGAAGAAGCCCCCAUCCCCUCCAACUGUCUCAUGCAGUAAAAACUGGAGCCCUCAGAGGGAGCAGCCUGUCUUCGUUUUGUAAGGCAUGCCGCUUUAAGUGAUGAUGAUGAUGAUGAUAUUAUUAUAAAUAUUUUAAUAUAUUUUAAUACUAAAGUGACUGCUCUGUAUGAUUAUUGAAGGGUUUGUUGCCCCCAUUGUUACAGUGUUGACUCUCAUCUUGUUACAUUGUAUAUUCUCUUUACAUUUUUUUAUGCCUUCAUUUUGCAGAAGGGCUGGUGUUAACUCUUUGUCUACCAAAUCUUCAAACACUGGGUCUGUGCGUGUGUGUGUGUUCAGAAGUAUUUCAGCAGUGAACAGGUUAAUGUUGCUGUGCACAGAGGUAGAUUGGGGUGUAAAAUAGGCGGCUCUGACAACUGCAACCCUCUUCUGCUAGGUAAACACACACUGCAGCCUCCUCCUCCUCGGUUCCUGUGCAUCUGGUUAUUUUGUGUCUGCACCAUCAUUAUCAUUUAAAACCUUAAUUUGUUGCAUAAUAGAUCUUCCUGCUUGUUGUGCAGGAAAGGACAUCCAGGCUGCGAUUUAGGGACUAGACAGUCCUUCUGGACCAGGGAGGGGCUGCAGGGUAGAUGAUGA